AUGUUACUCUAUUCAAGGCAGAACUGGAAGGAAAACUCUUCUGUUUCACUGUUUCUCUGUGAUUCAGAAACAAAUCCCGUUGUCUGGAAGUGCUCCUCUGUGUCUGGCUGGGGCAGAUAUUUCUGUGUGUGUGUGUCGACGUGUGUGUGCGUACGUGCCCAGCGCGGGCAGUGUGUCUGUAGCCUCCAAGCUGCUGGCAAUGUGUCAGGUCGCGGCCCCCGAGCCCCAGGCCACUGCAGCCCCGCCGCGGGCCCCCCGUCGGCGGGCGGGUCAGGCCUCUCUGAACCCUGUAGUAGACGGCGGGCAAGCUCCGCAGCUCUUCUCCGGAAGUGUGUAAGUUAUUUGGAAAAUGAUGAGUCACAUAAUUUACUUAAUAUAUUGACUGUUCAGACAUCGUUCCUGCUGUGUCAGCCUGGGAUUGGCCCCAUUUCUGUCACCUCUUCCUCAUAA